AAGGUCAUUCAUGUCGCCAAUGUGGCCUCAGCCAGUAAAAUGUUCAAAUUAUGCCCUUAGUGUCAAAAUUGACCAAGCUCUGGGGGUCAUUUCUUCACAUAUUGCAUAGAUCCAACAAGUCUUUGUGACAUUUUCAAUUUAACACAAUAAGGCCUUGUAUAAUUUUAGAAGUGUGUUCACUUCCAACUAAUCUGGUAAACAGACAUUUAAAAAAUUAGACAGAUAAAUCAGUAGUAUGUGUCCAAAGACUGUGCUAGUGUUUGUGAUAGAUGUAUGACUUGUUUCAUAUUUCAGAUCAGUAUGGGAACAGCUGAUGUUAUAAUGAUACUUACAGCAGAGCCCCCUGACACAUUUCAUUCCUGUGCCAAUUAUUUAUGUGAUAAUUUUGAUGAAUAUUAUGUUGUACUCUAUGGCUUCAAGAAUGGUUCUCUGACACGUGAGAAUGUGAUGAACAGUUGUGCAGGAUCAUGGGAAAAAUUUAACGAAAUGCUGAGUAAGACCCCACCAGGCAAUAAUGGCAAUAUAGGAAUUUACUUUGACAAGAAAGAAAUACAACCAGUUGUGAGAGGCAUCUUUAGAUUUAAUGAAAACAAUGAACAGGUUGAAAGUUUUACACCGGAGAUAGAAGUGCGGGCAGUGUUAGAGAGUCAGUUUCUUGCGAGACUCAUGUAUGCUAAACUUUGUGGAUUACAAAUAGGUCCUAAAUCACGUGUGAUUGCUACAGGUGGUGCCUCGGCUAAUCCAGCUAUACUCCAGAUAAUAGCGGAUAUAUUCAACACAACUGUAUAUAUCACAGAUGUCCCAAACUCAGCAGCUUUAGGUGCAUGCUACAGGGCCAAACAUGCAAUGAUGCCAGAGGGUACACCAUACAGUGAGAUAGUAAAGAAUUUACCAGAGCCUGUCUGUGCUUGUAAACAUACACCUGGUCUAGAAAAGGUAUAUAUGCCUAUGAUGGAAAGAUACAGGAAACUUGAGGAGAAAAUUUCUGCCAUGUGAGGAAAUACAAUAAGCAUAGAGACAAUAGGGGAUAAUAUAUCCACACCAUGUUUUAUAACCAGGUUAUGGGGAGCACAUGUGAUUAUAUUGAUAUCAUACAGGAAGAUUUGUAUAAUAAACAAGAAUUUCAAAGUGAUUUGGUAAAUGUAAUGAAAUUGUCGAGGAAAAGGUGUACUAAUUGAUAGAUUGUGGUUAGAUAUGGCUAUGGGCUUUAGAUAAUGAUAUGUGCAGGUGAUAUAUUGUAGGUCAGGGCUUUUGUUUGGUAAAAUUUGGGGCAGAAUAUGGGCCCCAUUCCCCCAUUAAAAUUGCAUGUUUUUUUCCUUGCCUAAUACAAAAAAAAACUUGAAAAUAAUAUUUAACAGCCAUAGAUCAGUGAUAACGUUUUAAAGUUGAAUUUUUAUACAAAGUAUCAAAGAUAUAUUCAUUUUUGGCCGGGUUGCACUG